AACUUGUUAAUAUUUUUUCUUUGUGCCGGUGAUUGUGAAAAUUUUGUAUUUUACUUAACUUAUUCAAUUAAGAUUUUCAAAUUUAUCAAAAUGGAUUAUUUUUACAAAUUCAAAAUUUUAAUUAUUUCUAUACUUUUGCCUUUUAUGCUGUCUUCAGGUGUUGAGCCAAAUGUCAAUAAAAAAAUAGAGGCUGAAAUUAGAAAAAAGUUUUUGGAACAUAAGCAAUUUGUGCACCCACCAAUGAAAAAUAGUGAAUUAUUAUGUAGAUGUAAUCACGAUGGUUGUAGUCGUGAAAUUACUGAUAUUGCUGGAUCUAAAUAUGAAGGAAUAUGUAGAGCACAUACUGGAGGACAAUGCAGAAGAAUGGUCCAUUUGGGAAAAGAUAAGAAAAUUAAAGAAGUUGUGCUUUCUUGUAUGCACGCUGACCAGUUAGUACCUAAAGAACGUCCUUUUGUCUGCCAAAGUGUUAAUACAUCACAGCUUAUUCAAAUAGUAAAAUGCUGUAGAGAUGGUUCUUUUUGCAAUGAUAAAAAGUUUUCCAUCGAAACAACUGGACAAGGUUUUCCUGAAACUUCAAACGAUAACGACAAUUCAAAUACUUCAUAUUUAUAUUUUCUUUUACUUUUUGCUGUUUCUGUCCUCUUUUCUGGGUUUGGACUUUGUGUUGGAAUUAAUUUUGGUGCUAGAAUUAAAAAAAGAAUAAAGAAGUCUUUUGAUAAUUUGGUUACUCGUUUGAGGAAUUUUUACAAUCGUCGUUUGCGUUCUUCAAGAAAUAACAACAAUUUACCAAUGGAAGAAGUUUAUAGAGUAAAUGAAGAGGAUGAUGAAGAAUAUGAUCAAUUUAUAACAACUGAUACUGGCGAAAAAAGAAAAGUUUUGAAAAAAUUAAUUGGGGAUUUGGAAAGAAAACAAAAUCCAAUAUCAACUGGUUCUGGUGCUGGAAUGCCAAUUUUAGUUCAAAGAACAAUUGCUUGGCAAAUAAUUUUGAAAGAUUGUAUUGGACGUGGACGUUUUGGAGAAGUUUAUAUGGGGGAAUGGAGAGCUGAAAAAGUUGCUGUAAAAAUUUUUUUAUCGAGAGAUGAGCCUUCAUGGCAAAGAGAAACUGAUAUUUACAAGCAUAAUAUGUUGAGACAUUCAAAUCUUCUUCGAUGGAUUGGAAGUGAUACAAAAGAUGCUGGUUCAUCUACUCAACUUUGGCUAGUCACAGAAUAUUUACCAAAUGGAUCUCUUUAUGAUUUUCUUGAACAAAACAAAAUUACAUUGGAAAUGAAUAUUCAAUUUAUGCGUUCAAUAGCUCAUGGAUUAGCUUAUUUACAUUCUGAAUUGCCUGGAGUGAAUAAUCAAUGCCGUAAAUAUUUUUUUUGGAUUUUUGAGAAAAAUUUUAUUGUUAAAGAUAAGCCUGGAAUUGCACAUAGAGACAUAAAAUCAAGAAAUAUAUUGAUCAAAAAUGAUUGGACUUGUUGUAUAGCUGAUUUAGGAAUGGCUAUAAGAUAUGGGAACGGUUUAAUUGAUAUUCCACAACAAGAUAGAGGAGGCACAGUGCGUUAUCUCGCGCCCGAAUUUCUUGCCAACAAUUACAUCCGUGACUCUUUCACUUCUUAUUUACAAAUGGAUGUUUAUGCAUUUUCCCUCAUAAUGUGGGAGGCAUGCAGACGAACAGAAAUUCCAAUUGCAGAUAUUUUUGCUCUUCCAUAUGAAAUUCCAUAUCAAGAAUAUGUCCCAAGAGAACCAUUAUUAGAACAUAUGCUUGAGUGUGUACAUAUUCAAGGAAAGAGGCCAACAAUCGAUCCAAGUUGGAAAAAUUGUGAAUCAUUAAAUGAAUUGGUAAGGAUAAUGACUGAAAGUUGGAGUGCUAGUCCAAAAUCAAGACUGACAGCAUUAAAUAUUCGUUGUUCAUUGGAUAGAAUUUGUGAUGAACAAAAAUUGAAGAUUACUACAUGA